AUGAGGGGAAUCAUACUAGCGCUAGUGUUCACCCUUGUGGGUAAUGAAAAGUAUGACCCUGAACCUGAUUUUAGUAGCAGCAAGACCUACUUGUACAACUAUGAGGCCUUUACCCUGAAUGGACUGCCAGAGCCUGGUUUGGCAAGAACUGGGCUGAGACUGUCCUGUAAAGUAGAGAUCAGUGUAUUGUCACAGAGGAAUCACCUCCUCAAGAUCCGAUCUCCACAGCUGGAGGAAUACAAUGGGAUCUGGCCCAGAGAUCCAUUCAUUCGAGCUUCCAAACUCACUCAGCUGAUCGCUUCGUUUCUCACCCAACCCUUUAAGUUUGAAUACAGCAAUGGGCGGGUUGGAAACAUUUAUGCUCCAGAAGAUACACCCGUCACGUGCGUCAACCUAGUGAGAGGAAUUGUGAACAUGUUGCAGAUAACUAUCAAAAAGUCACAGAAUGCAUAUGACUUGCAAGAGGCUGGAAUUGGAGGCGUCUGCCUUACAAGGUAUGUUGUCCAGGAAGACAGGAGGAAUAACCGAGUCUCUCUUACCAAAACCAGAGACCUCAACGACUGCCAGGAUAAAGUGGUGAAGGAUAUUGGAAUGAUUUACAUCCGCCCUUGUCCUUCUUGCCCAUUGAAAGAAAAGAUUGUAAAAGGAACUGCUGCAUUCACCUACAAAUUGAAAUAUGCAGAUUCUGGUACUCUGAUCACAGAAGCAGUGUCCCAGCAGGUCUAUCAGAUCUCCCCUUUCAAUGAACCCGCUGGUGUUGCUGUCACGGAGGCAAGACAAGAACUUACCUUGGUUGAAGUGAAAAAUGAACGCGUGAGCCCUCCAGAAAUUCAGCUGCAGAACCGUGGAGGCCUGCCUUAUCAGUUCCCACCAGUGCUGCUCCAGAUGCCAAUUCAGCUGAUCAAGACGAAAAACCCUGCGCAACGGAUAGUGGAAACAUUGCAACAAGUAAUCCAGGAUAACCAGCAAGAGCUCCAUGGGGAUGCUCCAUACAAAUUCUUAGAGCUUAUCCAACUGUUUCGGGUAGCAAAUCCUGAUACCUUGGAGUCCGUCUUUAAGCAAUUUUCAGAUAAACCUUAUCACAGGCUUUGGCUGCUGAGUGGAAUUACUAUGGCAGGGACCGUUGAUUCGCUGAAGUUCCUUAAGCUGCGAAUUCGCAAUGAUGACUUUAAGUACAUUGAGGCACUUCUGACUGUUUCUUUAGCCCUCCAUUUAACAAAAGCGGAUGGCAAUUCUAUUGCAGUAGCAGCAGAUCUAGUGACCAGUUCCCGACUUGAGAGAUUUCCCAUGCUUCGCCAGAUUGCUUAUUUGGGAUAUGGUUCCAUGGUAAAGAGACUCUGUUCUCUGGCUUCAUCUUGCCCUAAUGAAGCUCUUCAGCCCCUCCAUGACCUUGCAGCUGAGGCAGCCAGCAAGGGCAAUGAAGAUGACAUUGUAUUAGCUAUGAAAGCCAUUGGCAAUGCAGGAGAACCAGCCAGUAUCAAGCGCAUCCUGAAGUUCUUGCCAAUAUUUUCAUCUGGUGCUUCUAAUUUCCCAGUCCAUAUUCAGGUCGAAGCUGUGAUGGCCUUGAGGCAUAUAGGCUUGAAGGACUCCAGAAAGGUGCAGGACAUUCUUCUCCAGAUCUUUGUGGAUCAUUCACUUUCCCCUGAAGUCCGAAUGAUCUCUUGCAUUGUCUUAUUUGAAACUGGGCCUGCACUUCCUCUGGUAACAACUAUAGCUAACGUGAUACUGAAAGAGACCAAUAUGCAAGUUGCCAGUUUUGUAUAUUCUCACAUAAAAGCUUUGUCAAGUAUUGGAUUCCCACGCUUCUAUAAUGUAUCUGCUGCUUGCAACAUUGCCAUUAAACUGCUGAGCCCCAGACUUGACAGACUGAGUUUUCGUUACAGUAAAGUAAUUCCUCUUGGUGGUUACUACAGUAGAUAUCAGGCCGGUGCAUUUGGAAAGAUCUUCCUUAUAAACAGUCCAAGAACAAUGUUCCCAUCCGCUUUAAUUUCCAGUUUGCUUGUAAACUAUGCAGGUGCAGCUACUAGUUUGCUAGAGGUUGGUGUCUGUGCAGAAGGUCUUACGGAUGUUGUAAGGAAACAAAACAUCCCAUUUGCAGAAUAUUCCACAUACAGAAAGAUAAAGGAGAUUGGGAAAACACUGCUGGGAUGGAGAGAGUUGCCUUCAGAAAACCCUCUGUUAUCAGCUUACUUUAAACUAUUUGGCCAAGAGCUGGCCUUUGCCAACAUCAACAAGGAUCUCAUUCAGCAGGCUGUGAAGCUUGUGACUGGACCAGCAGACAGACACACAUGGCUGAAGAGAGUGAUCCAUCAAAUCCAAAAUGGCAUUGCAGAACGAUGGAUUCAGCCAUUAUAUUCAGGAGAAUUUCAGCACAUCGUCCCUACUGCUGUUGGUCUGCCAUUGGCAUACAGUGUAUAUACUACUGCUCUGGCACAUGCUACAGCCCGUGUUGACGUAAAGCUGUCCCCUCCUUUAUCUGGUGAUUUUAGACCUUCACAGUUGUAUGAAUCCAACUUGCAACUUCGUGCUGACGUCAGCCCAAGUAUCUACUUUAACACUGUGGCAAUGAUGGGAAUCAACACAGAAUACUUUCAGUCUUCUAUUGAAAUUCACACCAAACUCCGUGUACAAGCUCCACUGAAAUUUGACGCCAAGAUAGACCUGAAGGAAAAAAGUUUGAAGUUUGGAACAACCCCAUGCCAACAGGAGACUGAGAUAGCGAUGGGAAGGCAUAAGGCUUUUGCUGUAUCAAGAAAUAUAGGAGAACCAGGCACAGAGAAGAAGAUUCCAGUAUUUCCAGAAGGUGCUGGGUCAAAUAUUCUGAAGGAGCAUUUCAAAUCAUCUGAAAGAACUUCGAGAGAAGGUGCCCAAAGAGAGGCUUCUGACAUCCUACCUAAGAAAUAUUCCUAUGGUCCUGAACAGGAACUUCGCCACAGUGCAGGAGGAAAAACAUAUACACAAGCGAUUUGUGUCCAAGUGACUCGUUUUGGUUGUCAGAUCUGUUUUUACCGGAGAGCACGAGAUGCCUCUGUUUUAAAAAACACAUAUUUUCACCGAUCAAUUGGAGAACAUGAAGCUAAAAUAGUUUUGAAACCAGCCCGCACAGAUGCAGCUAUAGACAAAAUACAGCUGGAGAUUCAGGCAGGAUCUAGAGCAGCUUCCAAAAUAAUCCAGGUGGUAACCCUAGAGUCCGAGGAAGAAGAUGAUUCAUCUCCAGAUGACGUGGUUCAAAUGAAACUGAAGAAGAUCCUAGGAAUUGAAAAUGUGUUUAAGGUUGCAAAUAGAACUCGGCAGCACAAGAAAGGAAAGACCCAGAUGACAGAGUUCUGGGCAGACCCCAAUGCUAAAUAUCCAUCUAGUUUAUCUUCAUCCUCCGACACUUCCUCUUCUUCUUCCUCCUCCUCUUCCUCCUCCCCUUCUUCCUCCUCUUCUGGUAAGAGGGUCAAUCAAUAUCCGAAAGACAAAACAUUACAACCUGGAAACAGAGAUGAGAGCAGCAGCAGCAGCAAAAGCAGCAGCAGCAGCAGCGGUGACAGCAGUGACCGCAGCAGCAGCAGCCGUAGCAGCAGCAGCAGCGACAGUGGCAGCAGCAGCAGCGACAGCGGCAGCAGUGACAGCACCAGUAGUAGCAGCAGCAGCAGCAAGGCACCUCGACCUGGAAGCAGGCAUCAACUCAUCAGAGAGCCGAACAGCAACAGCAGCAGCAGCAGUAGCGAGUAUUCCAAAAUACAGAGAACUCCAGAGAUCUAUCAGUAUCGCUUCAAGUCAGCUCAUACACUGGAGUAUCCCAAAAAGAAAGUCCCAGGCAGUAGCAGCGCCACCAGCAGCAGCAGCUCCUCCUCCUCCAGCUCUAGUUCUAGUUCCAGUAGCAGUGAAGACACCAACAGAGCAGGUUCCAGGCCUAAAUUUUUGGGAGACAGUAAAGCACCAGACCUGGCUGUUAUUCUUCGUGCUAUUCGAAAUGAUAGAAAGCUGGCAGGCUUCCAGCUUGUGCUAUACACAGAUUUAUACUCCACUAGACCCAGGAUACAAGUGUUUGUGUCAAACAUCACAGGAUCAAGCAGAUGGAAAAUCUGCGCUGAUGCUUCAAUCAUUAAUGCUCACAAGGCAGCGAGUUAUCUGAAAUGGGGCCAGGACUGCCAGGACUACAGGAUUUCUUCAGAGCUUGUAACUGGCUGGUUUGCUGAUCACCCAGCCAUACAGCUGAAACUGGAGUGGCCUAAAGUUCCUUCAAGAGUCAAAUCAUUUGCCAGCUGGUUUUACACUUUAAUCCCGGGAGCUGCCUAUAUACUAGGGUGGUCUGAAAUACAGCACAAAAAUCCUUCUCAACAGGCCAAGUUGAUUGUGGCUCUAACGUCUCCAAGGACUUGUGAUUUUGUCGCCAAACUGCCUGAGCUGACCCUUUAUAACAGAGCCCUCGGGCUUCCGUUAUCAUUGCCUGUAGGACCAUCUUCACCAGCCUCAACACAGGAGGCCCCGAUCUGGAAUUUCUUUUCUGAAGCACCAUCUGCUGUCCUGGAGCAUCUUAAAGCUCGUUGCUCCGUUUCCCAAGACAAGAUCACAACCUUCAAUGAGGUACAGUUUAACUACUCACUGCCCACAAACUGCUACCACAUCUUGGCCCAGGAUUGUAGCCCAGAACUGAAGUUCCUGGUAAUGAUGAAGAAUGCAGAAGAAUCUGCUGACCUUAAAGCAAUCAAUAUCAAGCUUGGCAGUCAUGAAAUUGACAUGUAUCCAGCAAAUGGACUUCUUAACCUCAUGGUCAAUGGUGUUGAAACCCCAGUGGAGAAUAUCACAUAUACAUCUGACUUUGAUGCUUCUCUGAUGAUCAGCAAUGAGAAGAAAGGUCUAUCACUUGUGGCUCCUGACUAUGGCAUUGAUAAACUAUAUUUUGAUGGGCGUACGUUCAAGGUUCAAGUUGCUUUCUGGAUGGCGGGGAAAACAUGUGGCAUUUGUGGAAAAUAUGAUGCUGAAAAUAAACAGGAAUUUCAGAUGCCCAGUGGAUAUGUAGCUAAAGAUGCAGUGAGCUUUGCUCAUUCUUGGAUUCUGUCAGAAAAGCCUUGUGCUGGCGCCUGUAAAUUGCAGCGCUCACUUGUGAAACUUGAGAAAACAAUUCGACUGGAGGGCGAAAACUCAAAAUGCUAUCCUGUUGAGCCUGUGCUGCGCUGUGUGAAAGGAUGUUCAGCAACUGAGACCACCCCAGUUUCUAUUGGCUUCCAUUGUCUGCCAGCUGAUUCAACUGCCAGCUUAGUUGAGGGACAGAUGAAAUUUGACCAGAAGUCAGAGGAUAUGCAGGACACAGUUGAGGCCCACACAGCAUGUUCAUGUGAGGAACUACAGUGCUUUGCAUGAGGCUACAGU